AUGGACGUUUCAGACGGGUUUAUACCAAUUGUUGCAGUUUUCUAUGCAGUGUUCCAUCCAACGGAAGGAACCAAGAUCAUUCAUCAAGUUCCUGAGAAUUCAAUUGUAACUACAUCACAUCAACGAACCAAGGUGGUGAAAAAUGUAUCACGAUUGUCGAUGGAUUCAACCAACUCCGACUCACGACAACGACAAGAGGACGAAGACGAGGAUGAUGGAUUGUUUAAUUUUGAUACAGUUAAGAAUUACGUUAUUCCCAAACCCCAAUUGUGCAACCGGUUGAUUUCGUUCAAGAUCAACAAGUAUAAAGUUAUUGGAUACCCUGUGAAUAUGGAAAACCCUCGAUAUUCCCGAAACUCAUUCAGUUUCAACUUUUGCUUUGUGUUUCCCUAUGAUAAGGGUGACAUAUCACCUUAUGAACCGGCCAUCAAGAGGAUGGGACAAAUGUUUCAAGUGUUGGAAGAACAAAACUUUAUGUUGAGCAAACUUGACAAAGACAAUUCGUUCUUUAAAAAGGGGAGUACCGGAUUGAGUUCCAAUGGAGCUUCUUCGGAUAUUUCAAAUAAUAUUAAUAUUGGGAUAGACUUGGAAUCAUAUACAAAUGCAACAAGUAUGUCUCCAGCUGCUAGUAAUGAUGCUACCGUCAAUGCCCCAGGUCAUUCGAAAACUAAACGGAUAUCAUUGUCUUCCAUAGAAUCAUUGGUGCAUCAAAUAUAUCAAGAUUUAAACAAUUAUUCCGAAUGUUGUAUCCCUUUGGAUAGUUCUAAUUCUGUGGAUAUCAAAUUGUUCCCUAUAUUGCCUGCCCCAAUUAACCUCAAAGCAUAUCAGGUGCCUAUUGCAACAGUCAAGUUAAAUUCCUUAGUCGAUGUUAACUGGGACCCCACCAUGGUUAAAAUAUUACCAUUUAUCAACGGAUUAAACUCGGUGAAAAGAAUAAGUGAGCUAGCCAAUGCCAACUACUUAUUAACCAAACAAUGUAUUCAGCAUCUAAUGCAUUAUAAAUGUAUCGAAAUAAUCGACAUUUUCCAGUUCAGUAACAUAUAUGCACCCACAAAUCAUAUUGGAGAUUUUCUCAAGAUAAACGGUAAAAUGGCCGAAGAAUGUCAAGCAUAUGUUGUCACUAGUGAAUCCAACAUUGAAGGACUGUCAUAUUUUUCCCAUACACCGUCAACUUAUCAUAAUAACAAUACCUCGUCAUUCCAUGGUUCCAACAGUGUUUCCCCUUACUCGACUGCAGGUCUAAAGUACGAUUCUGUUUCUUCGCUGUAUCCGAAACCAUCGUCUUCAUACCUUUCCAAAUCUCCUAAAACCGUGGGGAACUCGCCUAAUAUCUCGGUUAAUGUUAAGGUUCCUACGAAAACUACAUUAUUUUACUUGUAUAGGUCCUUGAAUCAAGGGCAAACUGUCAAGGAAUGGUACAUUCAGCAUAGAAAGUUAUUGACAAGUAUUGACAUUAGAAGGUUUAUAAACUUUGGAGUCUUACGAGGGAUAAUAUACCGUGUUCAUUCAUAUCCCUUGGUGAAUUCGCUCACUAGAUCAAUUGAAAGUGGGGACUUGGCACAAUAUGACGAGUUCCUUGGGCUGUACAAGGAAAAGAAGUCGAAAAAGAAAGUCAAAGUGAAACAUACCGAUGAAAGCUUACUAAAAACCAAAGUCAACGAACAAACUAUUAAGACGGAUAAUAAACGAAAGGUUAGCUUCCUGUAUUCACAAAGUAACUUACACGAUGCAAGAAAACUGGGAUUCUCUUCACGAGAAGUUAUUCUUGAGAAUGAUAGCGAGGAUGAAGAUGAGGAGGAAGAGGAGGGGGAGGGGCAUCUUGUUCAUCCUAGAAGUAGAACAAUUUCGAGAAACUCUUUUGCUUCUUCUACUGGGUUGAAGUACGCCUCAGGAGGAGAGGAGAACGCCAUUGAGGACUCCUCGGACGACGACAACGAAGUUUCCGAGGAAAAAGAACAAGAAAAAGCGCAAUUGUUAGAUUUAGUGAAGAUGUUGAAGGGAUAUCAAAGUUUUGACUCAAUUUGCACAGAAUUGCAAAAAUCACGCUUUGAAGUGGAAAAGAUGAUUGAAAAGCUAGGAUCCUACAAUAGCGUCAGCAGCUAA